CCACGCUUGGAGGGCGACGAGCUAUCAAGACGGCGACGGUGCGCGAGACCAGACGCAAAGUAGCAAAGCGUAGUGAAAUGACGAGCGCGACUUAUGGUGUGGCUACAAACCUGCGCAAACGCUGGGGCAAGCAUAAAACUGGUGUCGAGUAUGCCUUCCUUGUUCAUCGCAGGCGCUCUCUUUGCUUAAUGACGGCUGUCUCCUGCAUGAAACGGCUAGGACUUUGUCAAGACGGAAUGACCAGAUUGAAGGACACAGAUGACAGUAUAUCAGAUGACGGGGAUGAGUACGACGACGUGACCGGACGUCCAUCGGCAUCGUGGAAGUCCAUCUGGUUGCGUCUCUUACAGCAGCGUGGCGACUGCGUGGGUGUAACAGUACGACCCCAGGUUCAGAUCGAGGACGUCGUGGAUCAGACUAACGGUACAGACAUUGUGCCAUCAGGUGCGGCGUCCGGCGGCAUGGUGGCGCGAGGAUCGUCCGCAGUUCGCGACGGGAGGGGCGAACCCUGGUGGCGCGAUGCCCCUCCAAGAUCGGCCACUCGUUCCUCGCUAAACUCGUGCGGUUCCAUGGCCGCGGUCGCUUCGCCCGGAGGAGUGGCUCCUCUGCCGCCACGCUACCGAUUCAGAGACCUCAUCCUAGGGGACUUUGCAUACGGAGACGAUGGUACACGAGUCCGAGUGGAGUUUUACGUCAAUGAAAACACACUCAAGGAACGGUUGCAUUUGUACUUCAUCAAGAACCAGAGAUCAAGUUUGCGAAUCCGCGUGAUCCGGCUCGUGGUGAAGAUCGUGGCCUGCCUGCUGUACGUGCUACGUGUGGUGCUGGAUCGGGGUCCGCUAUAUGCCACUUGCUACGACUGCUCCCUCCCCAACAGAUCCCAGUUCACGGUGGAGGAAGUGAGAAAUGGUGCCAUUAACUGGGACGCCAUUUUAUGGGUCGAAAGGCCAUUCAUUCUAUGGUGCAUACAGACGAGUUUAGCUCUCAUCAGCUUUUCCGAAGCAUGCCUUGUUGUAUAUCUCACAUAUAAGGGAAAUAUUUGGAGACAGCUACUCUCCUUCCGGUUUCUUCUGGAAGUGGUUGAUAAUGUACCGUUUAUAGUUACUAUAUUUUAUGCCCCUUUACGAAAUGUCUUUAUACCAGUAUUUCUUAAUUGUUGGUUGGCGAAGUUUGUAUUGGAGAACAUGUUUAACGACCUCCAUCGUGCCCUGCAGAAGAGCCAAUCAGCCCUGUCGCAACGGCUCCUCAUCCUCACCGCUACGUUACUUUGCCUCAUAUUCACCAGCGUAUGCGGUUUCCAGCAUUUCCAGCGUGCCGGCGUAGAACAUGUGGACCUCUUUGAGAGUUUCUACUUCGUGGUCGUCACCUUGUCUACUGUGGGCUACGGAGACUUCAAGCCCGACGUGUGGCCCUCGCAGCUGUUCAUGGUUGGCAUGAUCUGCGCCGCCCUCAUUGUGCUGCCCACACAGUUUGAGCAGCUGGCUUACACCUGGAUGGAGCGUCAGAAGCUGGGUGGCACUUACAGCAUGCACAGGGCACAGAGCGAGAGGCACGUGGUCGUCUGCUCUACAACAUUACGCGCUGAUACUGUGAUGGACUUCCUGAACGAAUUCUACGCUCAUCCUCUUCUGCAGGACUAUUAUGUGGUGCUCUUGUCCCCCUGCGAAGUGGAUUCUACGAUGAAAAUGAUCCUGCAGAUACCCAUGUGGGCGCAGCGGGUCAUUUAUAUUCAGGGUUCUGCCCUCAAAGACACAGAUCUUACUAGAGCUAGGAUGAAUGCAGCCGAGGCCUGUUUUAUGCUAGCGGCGAGAAAUUACGCAGACCUAGCUGCAGCCGAUGAACAUACAAUUCUUCGCUCAUGGGCAGUACGUGAUUUCGCACCCAACGUACCUCAGUAUGUUCAAAUAUUCCGUCCAGAAAACAAGGUGCACGUUGCCUUCGCUGAACAUGUGGUGUGUGAAGAUGAGUUCAAGUAUGCCCUUUUAGCCAACAACUGUCUGUGUCCUGGUGCCUCAACUUUAGUCACACUGUUGCUUCAUACUUCCCGCGGACAGGAGGGGCAAACAUCAGCCGAAGAGUGGCAUCGACUCUACGGAAAAUGUUCCGGCAAUGAGAUCUACCAUAUUCGGCUCGGAGACAGUAGGUUCUUCGGAGAGUACGAAGGGAAGAGUUUCACCUAUGCGUCUUUCCAUUCGCAUAGAAAAUACGGAGUAGCGCUCGUGGGCGUUCAGACCGACGUUCACGGUCAGUGGCCCGUGCUUCUAAAUCCGGGUCCGGCGUACAUCAUGAAGUCCUCCGACAUCUGCUUCUACAUGAAUAUCACGAAAGAAGAAAACAGCGCCUUCUUGCCUGCAGCUGGAGACGAAGCGAAGCCACUUGACGGCGAUAAAUCGUCAGGGGAUAUCAAAUGCCGAGUUGACAGUAUGAGGGCAAAGUUCGAAUUACGAAGUAAAAAGCAUCACCUGGAAGUGCCCAAAGCAGAUGAGACACGAGGACGGAGGCCCAGCAUAGCUCCGGUACCCGACCUGGGCCACUCGGAAGAUGUGCUCGACAGCGAAGACGAUGCCUUGGGGAUUGAAGAGGAAAAAUACCUCGAGAAUUCCUGGAAUACUCCCGCUGAAGAAUCUGAGAUUGUAAAAGGAUUUCCUCCUGUGACCCCCUAUAUAGGAGUUAGCCCAACUCUUUGUUAUUUAUUAAAAGAAAAGAAGCCCCUCUGCUGCAUGCAGCUAGCUCAGCAAUGCCCACAUUGCGAAUUCCACAAUGCGAAGCAGUACAACUGGCCCAACCGGUGCGUCAUUUUGGCAGCGGAUUUUGCCAGCAAAGGGAUAUACAAUUUCAUCGUGCCACUCAGAGCCCAUUUCCAUAGUUUACAUAGCCUUCGACCCAUCGUUCUUCUUCUAGAAAGGACACCUCACGCUGCCUUCCUGGAUGCCAUAUCUUGCUUUCCGUUAGUCUAUUGGAUGCCGGGUUCCAUAGAUGACCUAGAUGACCUUUUACGCGCUGGAAUCAACCUCGCUGAUAGCGUUGUGGUUGUGAAUAAAGAAUCUUCAAACUCUGCCGAAGAAGAUUACUUAGCAGAUUGCAACACCAUAGUUGCGGUACAGACCAUGUUCAAGUUUUUCCCGAGCGUGCGCAUUAUUACGGAGCUGAGCCAGAGCAGUAACAUGAGGUUCAUGCAAUUCCGGGCCUUUGACACGUAUGCCCUCCACCUUUCCAAGAUGGAGAAGGUGAGCCUCCUCAACCAGCGGGAACGGGACCGUGGUUCCCAUAUUUCCUACAUGUUUCGACUCCCAUUUGCGGCUGGUAAUGUUUUCAGCGCCAGCAUGCUGGAUACCUUACUUUAUCAGGCCUUCGUCAAAGAUUAUGUGAUCACCUUCGUUCGAUUACUCUUGGGUGUUGACCAGGCUCCCGGUUCGGGAUAUUUAUCAUCGAUGAGAAUUACGAAAGACGAUCUUUGGAUUCGGACGUACGGCCGUCUUUAUCAAAAGCUGUGUUCAUCCACCUGUGAGAUUCCUAUUGGGAUAUAUCGAACACAGAACACCACCAACCCUGAAGGAUCUACGGAUGACACACCAGGGAAAAUCCGACGAUCUGCCUCAAGCAGACUCACUACCUGCACUGAUCCUAGAGGCAUCCGGUGCGAGUGUCCAGAGGGCUAUCCGCUCAUCGGAUCGUUUAAACGAACACCUUACAUUCCGCCAUUCCCUCCCAAAAUACUUGUCCAAUCCCCACACGAGGUUUCUCUGGACCUUCUGGACGACAAAGCCACAUUCAAUGAGAAUAUUGAGAGACAAGAGAUCAGCACAUUAGUUCGCACGAGGAUGCAGGAUCUGGGGCUACCUGUUCAAGACUACGAUGAGGUAUCUGACAGACGACACAGCCUCUCGUACGUCAUCAUCAAUCCCAACUGUGAUUUGCCCCUUGAAGAAGGCGAUAUUAUUUUUGUCAUCCGGCCGAGUCCCAUCUCUGGCAAGAGGAUCUUUUUGAAGCACGGAUCGGUGCGUAUCAAGACGCCCCGCGCGAGCCGCAGAGAGAACACCCGAGGAGGCCGCCCCAAGCCUUCCUCCCUCAAGUUAAACUUACCACCAGCUGAUGCAGAAACUCCGAAGGAGAACGGAGGGCUGACCCCUCCACAGAACGACGAUGCCCUUCCACCUGCACCUCCACCUGCACAGCACGAGCCUAUUCCGGUCCACGUGACGGCAGCUACACCAUCGUCCAUCACGCACGGAACCAUCGUAUGACGGCAGCUACGAUUCCCUCUUAUGUGGAGGGGAGGCCACCCGUGAAAUAUUGCCGUUUGUGCCACACAGCAGCCUGCCAGGGUGCAAUCGAACAUCGCUUGUGCUUCACCAACAUCCUCUGCUAUGAGACGAGGCGUCUCUACUUCCUCAGCCUUGCAAACAGCAGCUAAUCAGCAUAUUUUUGUUGGCAUGGCUCGCAGCGCUGCUGAAACGUUCCCAGCCCGUAUGCUGGAAGUGCCAUAAGGUCAUGCCAUACACGGAUCUGACAGGCGCUCUGAAUCCCGUGCUGUUAAAGCAGCACAGCUGCAGUCUCGGAAGAGUUAUGUAUUCCAUAGCCCAUGCCCUCGGUACUCUUACGUUACAAUUUACGUCCCAAUUGCGCUCAUAGUUUUUUAAAAGGUCAAAAUUGAAAAUUACGCGCAAAACUGUGUCGAAGCGGUCACCAAAUGCGCGUUGCUCGUCAAGUACAACGGCGAAACUACAUUGUAUGCGAACGACACUGGAACCUAAACCAAAAGAAGUUGGCGAAGUGUCGGCUACAUAGCCAUCAGGAGCAAGUCAGUUGGGAAUAUAAAUCGCUGUUGCUCGACGAAUUUGGGAUUAUUUGCGGGGAUUACAGUGACGCUCAUGGCAGAGCGUC